UUUUCAAGUGGUGGUAAGUUUUCUGUGCUUAUUGGCUUUCAAACAUCGAAGUGUAUUUGAUUUUCAUGGAAAGGCUGUUCGUUAGAGAAUUACAAAUGUAUGUGGAAUGUUUACAUAUUUUGUAAAAAAUAGUUUGUUAUCGUGUUUAUAAGAAAAAAAAACUUUCGAACUGCAUUUUAUCAAAUGGCUGUCGCCAUUCGAAACAUAAAAGCACCCCUGAUAUAUACGUCGUGGUGAAUUUCUUCUCUCAGCUCCCGUAGUUUUCAGCAAAGUAAAAACAAGUAUUUUUUUGGAGUUGUUUCACAGGGAAGAUUAUAAUAAUAAAUAUAGUUAAAGUCCGUGCUCAAAACUCGUGAUAGCUGUGAAAUAUAGUUUAGCUUUUAUUCUAAGGGGAAAAGAUGAACUCUUGCUUGCCAGUGCUUAUAUCAACAGAUGCAAUGCAUGGCUUCCUGAGAGACAAACAAGCUUGGGAAAAUGCUAUCUCGAUUUAUCAAGGUCCUGAUCCUUUGGAUCAUUGGUAUAACUACAUUUGCUGGUAUGAAAAUCAUUUGAGAGGUGAUCCGGAAAAUAAAUUUCGCGAAACUCUUGAACGCUGUCUAGCCCUGUUUGAACACAGUGAUUUUUACAAACAAGAUUUGCGAAUGGUACGUCUCUGGUUAAAAUAUAUUGAAAUGCAAACACAUCCACUGCAUUUCUAUCAAGUCUUAUACCAACGCGGUGUUGGCAGACAAGUAGCGGCUUUCUAUAUUGGUUGGGCAGGAUACUAUCAGUCUAUUCAAGCACUAAAAGAAGCGGAGUCAGUAUUCAGCCUAGCAUUUCAAGAAAAGGCGCAAUCCUAUGACGAACUGAGUCAUGCACAUAACAAGUUCUUAUACAUGCAAACUGCUGCCGCACACAUAGCGAUGCAUCACCAGCAACAGCUGCCUGGGCUCCAGUUAACCCAACAUCAACAAUCUCCUCAAAUUCAUUACCAGCAGCUGGAAUGUGUUCAUCUUCUUACACAUUCACAGCCGCAACUUCAACAAGAGUCGCACACGAUACCACACCAGACUGCACAAAUGGAAUCACAGGGGCAUACACCGCAGCUCCAGAAUUUUCACAGACAGCAAACAACCGCGACAGCUUCGAAUUCCUAUUAUCAACCACAUGCGCAUGCCAACAUGGCUGUUCAGCAGGAUCAAUUGUACCAACUGCAGGCUUACCAAAAUGAAUUAAAUUUUCAAACUCAAACAGAACACUCGACUAUAACAAACAAGGUUAAUGGAUCCACACGUACAGUGCACCCAAGUGAUUCAGAAGGUAGUUGGGGUACUGCACAAGAAAAAGCUACCAAAGGAAAUUAUUGUAAUACGUAUGAAAAAGCGGCCUGUUCUGCUCCUCAAAUAGACCAAAGUCGAGCAAAUGCAGUUGAACUUCUCGUAACGAAGUUAAGUUCAACAUCUUCACCAGUAGGCUCUUGUAAACUGCCGCGAAAAUUUGCUGCUUACUGUCGUAAUAAUUAUGAAACUUGGAAACCUGCACUUUUUCUAGAAGAACCCGAAGAUCCAAAUCGUCGUUGUCACUAUGCAAAACACUUUGUAUAUCCUGGCACAGGUGUAGAAUAUAGCCCUGAAGAAUUGCGCGCAAAAAAGUAUAUUACGUGUGUAACUCCAUCGAACAGUACAAAGCAAGGUACAUAUCAGUGUACAGAAAAUGAACGUAAUGGGCAGGAGCUACAGGAAAUUGGAUCUCUUCAGCAGCAACAACAAAGUAUAGAUGAAGGAUCAUUGACAGAAAUUGCUGAUAGAGCGCACACUCUUAGUCAUAAAUAUCGAAAAAGUACAUGUGAGAAACUUGGAUUAAAUGGAGCUGAUUUAAGCGAUCACAAUCUCCAAAACACAAUUAGUCACGCACAAAAAAAUAUUCAGCAACGUUCUGCUCACAAUCACAACCUAAAUGAGGUGCAACAAAAGCUGCUUCAAGAAGACCGAAAAUUAAUUUACGAAACGGGAAACACUUUGGACGAUUUAGAGGAUCAAAUUGGAGCCUCUACAAUUCGGCUGGGAGAAAAAAAAACUAUUAAAAUUAAGUUUAAGAAGGAGCCUCAGCAACAAGGGCACACUUUAAAAGGAAACAAUUAUGUUAUCGAAGGAAUAUACCAACAAGAGGUAAAAUAUAUUUUGUUUUGUACUGUGCAGGCUGAUCUAUUCCUUGUUAACCCUAUCGUUGAUAAUGGAAUUAAUUUUUAAAAUGUAUAAAAAACU